AUGGGGAGCGCCGGAAGCCGAGAUGACUUUCAGUGGACCUACACCGAUCAACCGCACACUAACAGGAGGAAGGAGAUCCUGGCUAAGUAUCCUGAGAUAAAGAAACUAAUGGCACCCGAUCCCAACAUGAAAUGGGUGGUGACCCUCAUGGUUCUAACACAGGUAGCGGCCUGCUACCUGGUGAAGGACUUGCCAUGGAAAUGGGUCUUCUUCUGGGCCUAUGCCUUUGGGGGCUGCAUCAACCACUCCAUGACUCUGGCCAUCCAUGACAUUUCUCACAAUGUGCCGUUUGGCAACAAAAAGCCCAUGUGGAACCGGUUGUUUGGCAUGUUUGCCAACCUGCCCAUUGGUUUCCCUUACGCUACUUCCUUCAAGAAAUACCACGUUGAUCAUCAUCGCUAUUUGGCUGGCAACGGUUUGGAUGUCGAUGUCCCUACCACGUUUGAAGGGCGCUUCUUCAACACUCCUGCCAGAAAGUUCCUUUGGAUCGUUCUGCAGCCAUUCUUUUAUGUCUUCCGGCCACUCUGUGUCAACUUCAAGCCCCUCACUCCGAUGGAACUUCUCAACGUUGGCAUCCAACUGGCCUUUGACCUUCUCAUCUAUGGCCUUUGGGGAAUCAAGCCAUUAUCCUACAUGAUUGCUGGUACCCUCUUAGCCAUGGGCCUUCACAUCAUCUCAGGGCACUUUAUUGCUGAGCACUACACGUUCAUCCCAGGCUAUGACACCACCUCCUACUACGGUCCCUUGAACUGGAUCACCUUUAAUGUGGGCUAUCACAUGGAGCAUCAUGAUUUCCCCAGCAUUCCAGGAAGCAGACUCCCACUGGUGAAGAAGAUUGCUGCUGAAUAUUACGACAACCUUCCCUACCACAACUCCUGGGGGCUCGUUCUUUGGAACUUCAUUUGGAAAGACACCCUAGGGCCCUUCAGCCGCAUGAAGAGAACAUAUAAGGAGAAGGAGGAAGGGGAAGGACGGAGGCAUUGA